AUGCGCAGCCUUGUGCCUGUCCCCCCCGCAAGUGGGGAAGCAGGGCCGGUGGCUCUGGAAUUGCCUCCCAAACCCAUUCCGUUGCCUUUGAUAGGCCAGCUAAACCCCUCAGCCUUUAUCACCAAUUUGUGGCUGAGCGUUCGUCUUUGUGCCCGUGGCUUUUCCCGUUCUGAGCUGCUGCUGAUCGCGCGAAGCCUCCCCAAGUCGGAGCUGGGGCCCGGAUCCUCUCAACCUGUUGUGUUCAGAAUGCAGCGACCUGCAUGCACUGCUCUAUUGUCCCCCACGGGAACGCUUUCUAUCAUGGGGGGUAUCACGAAAGAACAGGCGCUUUGGCAGGCCUACAGAGUGGCGUAUAAGCUCAAGUACAGGGUCUGGUGGAAACCUGUGCUGCAGAGGGAAGGCGAGUCCGAUGCUGCAAUUGUGGAGUACCUCUGCAACCCCAAAGUCGAGUUCAACCCAGAGGCAGCGUCUGUUUUGCAAUUAGUCUGCCGCGUGGACUUGGGCGGAUCUUUCCGCCCUGAUCUCCACGCGGUGUUAGAGCACCCGCAACUGCGAACUGCAGCCAUCGACACACGAGAUGGCGUGGCAGUUCGGAUCCCACAAAUUCAAGAAAAUCAAGAAACCUCGAACAACUUUUCUGGAGAUGCGCCUGACGAGUUUGGCGAUCUGUUUGCUGUCGACGCAGAAGAGGCCUGCGCCCUGCGAGGCCGGCGGAACCAGAAAGCGAAAGCCUGCUAUUUCUCAUUUCCAACCGCAGCAAUUUGUGCUGCAGAAAAUUCAGAGAGACUACCUGGCUGUCCAAUCAUUGACGAGUCAACUACAAACAUUGUGGAUGCAGCCAGCUAG